UCUACGAGUACUGUGCAUCCACCUUUGCGAUUCCCGCGAAGAUUCGUAUAACCUCUCUUUUUCACUUUUCGUGAGUGUUCCACACCCUUGCCGCUAGGUUAGCGACAUAUUUCUUCGUUGUCGUAUACUCGAGGAUUGCCAGCAUCUACAGAGCGUGAUAAGAACGUAUCCCUUGCGGAAUAAUGAAAUCUUUAGAGAAGAUUUGUCGACUUGCGAUUUGAUAGUUCGCGACUUUUGUUAACGACGUGUAUCGAGUGUCGAACAAGCGAUAUCAAUUUUUGUGGAUGCACGCGAAGAGGACGCACGAUGAGUACAUCCGCGAGAUUCGUUCCGCGAGUGUUAUGAUACGUGCGAAGAUUGAUGAAUAUUAGUAGAGACAUUAAUAAGUUGUUUCUGUGACCGCCGCGUGCGCGCAAAGCCUUAUUCGUUUCAGAAGAAUAAGUAAGAAAAAUAAGAUAUAUGAGACGGAUUAUUAAUGUUACAUGAUUCGCACGUUCACAUCUACGUCGAGUGAUAAUCUCACUAGUAGUGUAACAUUUGUUCCUUGUAAACAAUUUUAAACGGCCGCCCCCAAAUGUCAAAGAACAAACUAAACUUGACAUUGCCACCUGGCUCGAUAGAACCGGUACCAGAAGCGUCACCGUCGCCACCGGUUCCGCCUCUACCUACGUAUCCGGAACCUGCGGAAAUACCCGAUAUGAGGGAUACGCUAAACAUAGAGAUUCUCCAAGCGAGACUAGAGGAACUGGAAAUGGAUGAAGAACAAAAGAAACGAUUAGAAAGCUUUUUAGGACAGAAAGAAAAGGUUGGAGAAUUAUGCGGCGAUGAUUUUGAAAAGUUAGGUGAAUUAGGUUCGGGUAAUGGUGGUGUUGUCACAAAGGUCAAACAUAAAAAGUAUGGUCUUAUAAUGGCGAUGAAGCAAAUACGCUUGGAAGUAAAACCACCCAUUAAGAAGCAGAUAAUUAGAGAAUUAAAAGUCCUUCAUGAAUGUAACUUUGCACAUAUAGUUGGAUUUUAUGGUGCUUUUUGCAGUGGGGGAGAAAUUUGUAUAUGUAUGGAAUAUAUGGAUGGUGGAUCGUUAGACCUGAUAAUGAAAAAAGCAGGACGAAUUCCAGAAUCCAUGAUAAGUACAAUCACAUGUGCUGUUCUGAAAGGUUUGACUUAUUUGCGAGAUAAGCAUGCCAUAAUGCAUCGGGAUGUAAAACCGAGCAACAUCUUGGUAAACAGCGCGGGUGAGAUUAAACUCUGUGACUUUGGUGUUUCUGGGCAACUGAUCGAUUCGAUGGCUCAUUCGUUCGUCGGCACACGGAGUUACAUGUCGCCAGAAAGACUUCAGGGAUCGCAUUAUUCGGUGCAGAGCGAUAUUUGGUCACUCGGAGUGUCACUAGUGGAAAUGGCGAUUGGCAUGUAUCCUAUACCACCGCCGGACGAUAAGCUUUUAGCUUCCAUAUUCGGUUCAGAGUGGGUGAAACACGCCGGCGAGAAUGCGACUCCAGCCAGCGAGUCUUCCACGCCACCUCCGCGACCACCCACGAGACGUUGCACGCAUACUCCCAAGCCCUUGGCGGUAUUCGAGCUAUUGGAAUUGAUAGUCAAUGAACCACCACCGAGACUGCCAUCCGGAUUAUUCAGCAACGCUUUCAUAGAUUUCACCGAUCGGUGUUUAAAGAGGAAUCCAAACGAUAGGGCAGACUUGAAAACGUUAACGAAUCACGAGUGGAUAAAGAAAGCCGAAUCGGAAAAUGUAGACCUCGCUGGAUGGGUGUGUCGCACAAUGAAUUUGCAACCAUCUACGCCAACGCACUUGUCUACCGUGCAGUCCUGAAUAAAUG